AUGUCAUCUGGCUCAACCGCGUCUCCACAUAUGCGUACUCCCGCUUUCGACUCCUGGUCUCCCCUUGUACGCAAGCUCUGGAUCCAAAGCAGCGGUCUCAGCAACUCGGCUAACGAGCAACUCCUUUUAUCUGCCUUCCACGGCGUCCAUCAUGUCGCCCUCCUCUCCGCGUCCCUUCGCAUGCUCGCCUCUUCUAUCCACACCCAUGUCGCUCGCCAUCAGCGUCAGUUGGUUGAGGGCCAGUCGAACCCAUCAAGCGACGCAUUCACUCAUCUUCAUUCCAUCACGCUCAUUACCAACACCUUCCGGUAUGAGUGGCACUUCCUCCUCGGCCUUCGCCUAUGCAACGGUUCCGAAUUCCUCAAAAAUAUCACCCAUCUCCGUAUACAUAACAUGACCGUCUCCGCAUACUGUCCCCAUAACCUUCUAACAAGCCUCACUCACCUCGCUCUACCAUACCUCGACCUCGGCAACGACUUCUCCUGCGUUCAAGAUAGAGGCGCCCUGGUUCGGCCCCUUCGCCUCCCCGAAGGAAUCAUCAAGCAUCCGUCGCUGCGUGUUGUCGUACUCACCGUGGACGAACGCAAGUGGCUCGACAAUCCAUACUAUCAAACGUCGCGUCCCAACGCUUCGGGCGAUAGCGCCAAGGUUGCCGCGGGAUCUCCUAGGGAGUCAUUCCGCAAGCUCGUACAGUGGACACAGAAAUGCGACAAGCGCAUCCAUGUCGUGCUUUCCCCGCGAUCAGAUACCAACCCGUGUCAGGAAUGGGCAGACGCUGCGAGGGGUUGUGCACCGUCGGUGUGGGAAGUCGCGGCGAAGGAGCGAAUGGAUGGUUCGCAUGGUGCUGGGCUUCCUGAAGUGUUCCCGAAGAGGAGGUAUCGUUGA